GAAUAUUAAGCCGCGUGUCCCAUGCUCGCGCCACAGCGCGAGUAGGAUACCUUUGAUACCAUCGCCAGUCACUCAUACUCCUUCCGCAGCACCAAUCGAACACAGCUUACAUGGCGCCCACUUUACGAAAUCGCGAGGCUCUCGCCGACAAGUCUCUAAGUGCUCAGAACUCAGUUGACCUGGACAUCUCUCAUAAAAACAAAACGAAGGCGGCCAAUGCUGAGAAAAAGAGCAAGAGGAAGAGUGAUGCAAUUUCAUAUGGCGGGAAGCGGACGAGCGAACCCGACCAAAACAACGCCAACCCACAGGCCGGCUCAGACAAGUCCAAAACAGACACCAACACUGCCAAAAAACGAAAGACAUCGAGUCCCUCUAGCAAAUCUGCUGGCGCCGCUACUGCCAAAAACAAAUCGCAGGAGUCCGAUGUCAAUCUCUCAUCCAUCCACCUAGAAGGUGAAGAUGAUGAUUCUGUUCCGGUUUAUGAGACCUGCGACAUGGUUCGACGGAAGAUCGAAGCUCAUCUGAUGAAGAAGCCCGGUGCUACGCAAGCAGCCUUCUGCCGCGAACUGUCGAAUCAGUACCACGCCUCUUCUACGUCUGUUUCCAGUAAAAGUCUCUCCAACUUUCGUGGCCAGAAAGGGUACGACAAAGGCAACACAUCGUCCGCGUUUUAUGCUGCUUAUUGUUAUUUCGAGAAGUUGAGGAUCAAAGAGGGCAAGCCGAAGAGCAAGGAUCGAGUGAAAAUGGAGGAACUUUGGGGCGAGAAAGGGGGCUUCAACAUCUCUCAAGCCAGCAACCAAAAACGCCUCUGGAUUGGGCCAGGCACCAGGAUGAAGAAGAACAAGUAUGGUGAGGUAACUCUUCAUUUUGCUAAUAUGGGAGAGCAAACGGGCGUCCUGUGAUAAAUUAAGGUGAAGCGUGUCAAUGUAUGAAAAGUUUCGUAUUGCAGUUUAAUCGUACAAGUACAUUACAUGUGCGGUUCUAAACGCGAACGCGCUGGUAUCGAAUCGCUUUUGUACGUCAAAACAACGCCAUGCCAACGCUAAAAGAGUACGAGUGCAUCCAAACUCCAUAGGCCCAAAAAAGUAUCUUACAUGGGUCAACCUUGGCGUAAAGGAUGUCCUAGCCUAUAUAUACACCCAACGAACGG